GCCAUCGAUCAAUGACAUUUUGUGAAGUUGAAUUUAUUGAUAUAAAGCGUUAAUGUAAAUAAUAAACAAUUUCAUCAUAAAAGUCGGCUUCUAGUCGAUAUGUAUGCCAAGGGCAAAGGCUCUACGGUGCCUUCGGACGCUCAGGCUCGUGAGAAGUUGGCGCUGUACGUGUAUGAAUACUUGCUUCAUGUUGGUGCAACCAAAGCCGCUCAGACUUUCCUUUCGGAAAUACGAUGGGAGAAGAAUAUAACCCUUGGCGAGCCGCCCGGGUUCCUACACUCGUGGUGGUGUGUGUUUUGGGACCUGUACUGCGCGGCGCCUGAGAGGCGGGACACAUGUGAACAUUCGUCGGAAGCCAAAGCUUUCCACGAUUAUGGUUUCGUCAAUUCAGGAUAUAACGGAAUCGGUCACAACGCCGGCCCGGCGCCGCCGAACGACGGAAUGGGUGGUGGAGGAAUGCCACCAGGAUUCUUCCCAAACUCGCCCCUGCGGCCGUCGCCGCCGGCUCCACACCCUGGCAGUCAGCCGUCACCGCACGGGCCACAGCCGCAGCUCAUGGGCACCGGGCAGCCGUUCAUAGGCCCCUGGUACUCGGGGGGUGGGCCCCGGGGGGCUGUCAGGAUGGGGAUGGGCAAUGAUUUCAAUGGACCACCAGGUCAGGGUAUGAUGGGCAAUUCAAUGGAGCGCGGCGGCGGCGGCGCGAGCGCGGGGCUGCUGGGUGGGCCGCGCAUGACGCCGCCGCGGCCCGGCAUGGGGCCCAUGAGCCCCGGCGCCUACGCCUCCGGCAUGCGCGGCCCUCCGCCCCAGGGACCAGGUAUGCCACCGAUGGGAAUGGGCCCGCGGGGCGCGUGGGCGGGCGGAAGCGUGGGCGGCGGCGGCGGGGGCUCCGCCCCGCUCAACUACAGCGGCGGCUCGCCCGGCGCCUACGGGGCCCCGCCCGGCUCCAACGGGCCCCCGGGGCCCUCCACGCCCAUCAUGCCCAGCCCGCAGGACUCCUCCAACUCGGGGGGUGACAACAUGUACACGCUGAUGAAGCCGGUCGGGGCGGGUGCCCUCGGCGCUGAGUUCCCGCUGGCCGGCGAGCAUGGGCCCGCGCCGCAGCACCUGCCGCAGCCGCCCGCCGCCGAAGGCUUAGGAGGUGUGGACGGCAUGAAGUCAUCUCCAGGAGGGGUCGGAGGAGGAGGACCAGGCACGCCAAGGGAAGACUCAGGAUCAGGAAUGGGAGAUUACAACUUAAGUUUCGGAGGACCAGGCGGCGACCAAAACGACCAGACGGAGUCGGCGGCCAUCUUGAAAAUCAAAGAAAGCAUGCAAGAAGAGGCCAAACGGUUCGAGAAGGAUCCAGAACAGCCCGACUAUUUUAUGCAGUGAACACAGUAACCCCGGGAGCCAGCCCGCCAAAGUGGUGUAACCCAAAAUUUUUGGUAUCACAUUCAGUUUCAUAAAAAGUAUUUUGUAUGAUCUCAAAAAUAAUUGUUUUGGCGGGUUGGCGCCUCUCAACGAUCUGAAGUGAAUUUUAAUAGAAUGACCUUACAAGUUUUAUUUAUUUAUUAAUCAGUUAACGAUUAAAUUCGUUAAAAUACAUCGGAGCGUUUCGGUACUACAGUUGUAAUACAGAGUAAUUAAUACUAAGUUUUAUAAGAGUUCCUUUUGAGAAUUGAAUCUAUGUAACAACUCUAUCUAUGAUUUGAAAUAACAAAAGCACAAUUUCACACAAAAAAAUAUUUUUCAAGUGAGGGGGGCAGGUCCAUUCCGAACAUAACUUUUAAAAUAAAUCUAUGAAAACAAUUACCUGCAAAUGUGAUAUGUUAAAAAUAUUAAAAUCAUAGUUACGUAUACAAUAAUAAAUUGAUACCUAGUGAGUCAAUAUUGGUAUGGACUCUAUCUGUCGUACAAUUUUGGAACUAAUUAAAUCAAACUUAGUUUCAUGCACAAACUUGUUUACUGUUUACCAUACUAGAUGGCGCUGUAUCGUAUCUGUUUAGUCUUGUAAAAGAGCUGCUUAACUUCUCUUCCAUUAUACAUCAACAGGAAUGGUACAUUUUGAGGUACUCUAUUUUUAAUUCCAACCUCUGUAUAUGCAAUUAUCGUUUUUAUUUCCAAUCAAUAUAGCUUAAAGUCGAUUGACCUUGUUAGUGUGACGUCAAGAAUUGUUGUGGUGAUACGGAUACGCAUUUUGUGUCUCGCUCUAUCCUUCUGCAAUGCUAUAAGUACAUCCCUGUCUG